GUCUGCUAUUUAUUUCUGCGAAAGCUCCCCUUUACAGCUCUUGAUGGGCAUUUUCUCCUGCGCUACGUAUUUCUUCACAUGUGAGCGCUUUCAUUUUUAGCAAGAUAUGAGCUCUUACCCCAGCUUAUGUGUUUUUUGUUCUCUCUUAUUUCAAACUAUUUUUUCUCCCUCUUAUGUUUCUUUUUCUUCUCUCAUCUCAAUUCCCCUGUUCCUUUCAUGUUUCUGGCCAUGGAUCUUCUCGUCUUUGCGUGUGACGGAAAAUGAAUUUGUCUUUGAUGCGUUUUUCCCCUCCUAUACACCUUGGGCAGAAUGUUACGUCAUGCUUUAUGCUAGAUUGACGGCCUGUACAACACACUGUUUUCCUUCGUCUUCGAUUUUUCGAAUUCAGUUUCUUCGUUAUGGAGCACAGUUUUCUUCUCACACAUUCAAUGCCUUUUCUUUGUGGUUAUGCAUUCGACCUCAGGUGGGUCAGACUUGAUUCUUUGAUCAUUCUGUCCUGCUACGUACGGAACGGGUGCUGUGGUAUGGACUUGAUUUAUUUCCUGCUGGGACUGCGUUCUUUGUAGCUACUGGGGGC